AUGACUAAGAUGAGACUAGAGUUGUUGGGGUGCGAGUCUUUUUCUUUGGAAGGAAUGUACCGUUCGCAGCGGCACGACGUCCUAACUCCGCAAAGUAGUCCGGAAUCGCGCAGCGUCCGUCAGGAACAACAUAGCAGUGCGAGCAGCGUCGGUUCCGCGAUAUCACAGGGCGAUAUGUAUCCGUUAGAUCAGCCCACCUUCAAACUCGAUCAUCUGCCUCUACAUAUCCCAACAAUCCUUCAUUCCACUAUACCAAAAUGUGGUGGAUGUCAGGAAGUUAUUUUGGAUAAAUACGUUCUAAGGGUCUUGGAGAGGUGUUGGCAUGCAAGGUGUCUGACAUGUCGGGAUUGUGGUGCCAGAUUGACCGAUAAAUGUUUUGCGAGAAACGGCCAUGUGUUCUGCAAAGAUGAUUUCUUCAAGCGUUUCGGGACAAAAUGCGCGGGCUGCGGCCAAGGAUUGGCACCUUCGCAGGUGGUACGAAGGGCGCAAGAGUUUGUCUAUCACCUCACAUGUUUCUCGUGCGCUCUAUGCUCUCGGCAACUGGACACUGGCGACGAAUUUUAUCUCAUGGAAGAUAGAAAACUCGUCUGCAAACCCGAUUACGAACAGGCAAAGGCGAAAGAACUGGCAGAUGGAGGAAGUAUAGACGGUGAUCAACCUAAUAAAAGGCCACGAACGACGAUCACAGCGAAGCAACUUGAAACUCUCAAGCUGGCAUACAACACCAGUCCAAAGCCAGCAAGGCACGUGCGAGAACAGCUGUCUCAAGACACAGGCCUCGAUAUGCGCGUCGUUCAAGUCUGGUUUCAAAACAGAAGGGCGAAAGAAAAGAGGCUGAAGAAAGAUGCUGGUAGAACGAGAUGGUCGCAAUAUUUUCGCAGUAUGAAAGGCGGUACAGGCGGUCACUCGCCUAGACACGAUAAGCUACUCGACAAAGACGAGCUAAAGGUAGACUUGGACUCCACCUUUGGUCAUCACGACUUGAGUAACGAUAGUUACGGGACAGUGGUGAACAUGGGCCUGGAUGGCGAGGGUGCGAGUCCAGGCGGCGGUGGCAACGGAGUUGCCGGGGGUGGGCCGCCCCGCGCAUACCUGGGUGCGACAACACCUCCGUAUCUCUCAACGUCCAGAUCGCCGUCCUUACCACCUCAGUUUCCAUAUCCGCCGGACGCUGGUCUUUCGGUGUAUACCACUCUCGGGGGACCGGGCGGCAUGGUGCCAGGACCAGCAUCGGAUCUGAGUAACGAAUCGAGCGGAGGCGGCGGCGGCGGCGGCGGCGGUGGCGGUGGUAGCGGCGGUGGCGGUGGUUACCCCGAUUUCCCGCCGUCGCCGGACUCCUGGCUCGGCGAACCGCCACCCCCGCAUGCUCACCAUCAUUCUCACUCCCAUUCCCAUUACGCCACAUAA